CCCCCUCCAUUGACUGCGGAGAAUGAGAAACCUUUGGACAGGGAGAGGAGCCAGAUAAUAAAACCCAAUGAUUAAAGAUUGAAACCCGCGGAGAGAAACAUGUCGGUGGCCUUUGCAUCUGUCCGUCCUAGAGGCAAAGGGGAGGUCACUCAGCAAACUAUCCAGAAGAUGCUAGAUGAAAACCAUCACCUAAUUCAGUGUAUUAUGGACUACCAGAGUAAGGGCAAGACUGCAGAAUGUACUCAAUACCAACAAAUACUACACAGAAAUUUGGUUUACUUGGCAACAAUAGCAGACUCUAACCAGAACAUGCAGUCUUUGCUUCCUGCCCCACCAACACAAAAUAUGAAUCUUGGGCCAGGAGGAAUGCCUCAGAGUGGGUCCAGCCAAUCUAUCCAUUCCCAGAGCAAUCUCAGUGACUCUAUUGGAACAGGCCUCCCACCAUCCUCUCUUAUGCAGAGUCAGAUUAGCAAUGGUCCUAACCAUGUGUCCAUGCAGCAAUCUGGGCAAAACACAAUGCCAACAACUUCGAUGAGUAUGACAGUCAGCAGCCAUGGCACGGGGCCGGGAUAUAGCCACACUGUGCCUGCCUCUCAAAAUGUGCCAAUGCAGAGCCAAGGAUCCAUAGGAAAUUAUGUAUCUAGAACCAAUAUCAACAUGCAGUCUAAUCCAGUCUCUAUGAUGCACCAGCAAGCGGCAACAUCCCAUUACAAUUCUGCACAAGGUGGGAGCCAGCAUUACCAAGGACAGUCCUCUAUUGCAAUGAUGAGUCAAAGCAAUCAAGGAAGCAGCAUGAUGGGUCAGCGACCAAUGGGUCCGUACCGGCCCUCACAGCAAGGGUCUUCUCAGCAGUACAUGGGGCAAGAAGAGUAUUACAGUGAGCAAUACAGCCACGGUCAAGGUGCUUCUGAGCCAAUGAACCAGCAAUAUUAUCCAGAUGGACAUGGUGAUUACGCAUAUCAGCAGUCAUCUUACACUGAACAGAGCUAUGACAGGUCAUUUGAGGAUUCUACCCAGCAUUAUUAUGAAGGAGGAAAUUCCCAGUAUAGCCAGCAGCAGGCCGGAUAUCAGCAGGGAGCUGCCCAACAGCAGACAUAUUCACAGCAGCAAUACCCAAACCAACAGAGCUACCCUGGACAGCAGCAAGGAUACGGUCCUGCACAAGGAGCUUCUUCACAGUAUUCCAGCUACCAACAGGGACAGGGACAACAGUAUGGAAGCUAUAGAGCUUCUCAGACAGGACCAUCUGCCCAACAACAGAGGCCUUAUGGUUAUGAACAGGGCCAGUAUGGGAAUUAUCAGCAAUAAGAGACAAGCUUCCUGUUGGAUUCAUUUCAGUACUAUGUCCAUCUUUGGAACUUGGUGUACAGAAGGUUUUGACUAAUUGUAAUAUGUUGGUUACCCCUUAGCACAAAGCAGUGUCUGUAUGUGAACAGUGUUCAUUUCAUGCCGGUGAUGAAGCAGUGCACUAUACUGGCAAAAAGACAAUGCUUUAAUGGUCUGAUAUAUUUGGUGCUGUGUAUAGUAUUGUAUGUUGCUACAAUGCUACUUUUUUUUUCUUUUCUCUUUCCUCUUCUUCCCAUUCUUGAUGUUUCUAAAUAGCUUUAGGGGUCAUUUUAUCAUCAGAGUUUUUUGUGCCCAGUUAUGGGAAACAUCUAGGAUAUCCUUCAAUCCAUGUAUUUAUACAAACUGACCUUAGGUCUAAUUUCUCUAUCCAUCCUAAUGUAGAUUAGGAACCUCUGUUUAACUGAAUGCAAUGCAGUUUGUCCAUGGUUUAUGAUUGCCUCUGAAAUAUAUUCCUCUUACCUAUACUACUUUAGGGGCAGGGGCAUUCUUUGUGGUAUGUCAAUUUCCAUGCUACACAAUAAAAAACAAAUUUCAUUUACGGAAGAUAUUAUGAACAAUAGUUUCCAGCGCUUACUAACUACCCAUGUCUCAUUCUGGUUCAGUCUAUCCAAGAAGAUCUACGUUUUCGUAUUAAAAGGUAAAGAGGGAUCAUUUAUUCAAAAUAAUCUGACUCCAUAGAGGUGUCUUAGUGAACAAUAUAAAAUGAGGAAUAUGGUAUGAAUGGAAAGAAAAGAGAAUUCUUUGGGGAUUUGUUCAUUAGAAGUUAAUAUUUCUUUGUUCUGUGUUUAUCUAAUAAAACAUUUCUGGCAUUUGAAUUUUUUAAUGUGCCACAUCUACAUUUAUAGAUACUUUUAAAUAUUAAUGCCAAAUUUUCCUGUCAAGUGGUUAGUUGAUUCCUUGUAUAUUAUUUCUUCCAGGGUAGUUCAGGUCUCCAUGCAAACUUUGUAGUCAUAACUAAGAUGUAUUUCUGGGCUAAGUUUAUUUUGCCCCCCUUUUCCUACAGGAACUUGAUUUAUUUGAAAUACAGAUUAGGCAGAAAACAAGAGAAUAAAUAUUCUCCUUUGGCAAUUCAUAUUUUACUGUGAACAUAUUGAAAAGUAGAAAUUUGUGAAAGUUUAUAUGGUGAAUUAUAGUUAGCUUAGUUUCUAAGUGAAGAGAUCUUGAAAUCUGUGUAUACAAUACAGAGUAACUCAUUUUGAGCAAUUUUAUUAAAGGAAAAACUUGAAUAAAUUUCUAAUGUCAUAUGUUUGA